AUGAAAUCCUCAUUUUCAUUAAUAUAUAUGUUUCAGAAAGAAUACGAACACAUUAAAUGUUAUAAAGAACACAUAACCUUUCUUAAAGUAAGAAAUGAAGGAAACCAAUUUAUAAGAAAUUAUCAAAACAAACAAAAAAACAGUUCCACCAUUAAUAAAAUUAACAUCCCAACUUGUUCCAAACGCAUUUUCGAUACAUUAAAAAAGCCCAUUUACAACAAUAAAAGGUAA